CCAUUAUCCAUCUUUACUUUCAAAAGAAAUUAUUUAAUUAUGUUUAAUAAAAUUGUUCACUUUAAUAAUAUAUGUUUUAUUCAUGCUUCAUUUAAUAUUCAGACACUUUUUUUUUAAAAGGACAUAACAAACUUGUUUGUAAUGUUAUUCUUCAUAAAUAUAUUAAAAAAAAACAAAAACAUAAACCUGAUUGGUUAAUAAAUAUCUAAUAGCUUAUAUCUGAUUGGUCCAUUUCUUUGAAACCAACUUAUCCGCCUAAUCUAAUUCUAUCAUAUGAUUGGUCAAUUAAAAUAACCUAUAAUCAAAUAUACAUUAGUUAUAAUUGGUAUUUUAUGAAUAUGAAUAAGAUAAAUACUUGUAAAAUUUAAGAUGAUAUUACUCAAAAACAAGAAAAAAAUAAAAUAAAACCAAGAAAAAAAAAACUUGAAGAAAAUCUCUUGAAGAAAAUUCAUCGAAUAAACAAACAAACAAACAAACAAACAAGCAAAAGCAAAAACAAAAAAAACCAACAAACAUUUUCAUUACGUAUUAAACCGAUGAAUUGGAUAUUUUAUUUGAACUAGACCUUUUUCUAAUCAAAGAUAAUCAUCUAAUGGAACUUUUUCAUUAUGUAUUGAAUAACAAUGUCUUGAGUUUAUUUAUUAUUUGAAAGAAGAAAUAGAAAUAAAUCAAUAUACUAAAAACACUUCACAACCUGGAGCCAUUCACCUAUCAAUUAUACUUAAUCGUAAACAAAUAAUGAUUCCUUUCAUAUAUCAAUAUUUAAUUGUAAUUAUUCAAUUUAGAUUAGGAUUAACUAUAUAUAGAAAUGAAAUAGAACAUAAAAAGAAUUUCAUUAAACCUAUUAUAACCCAUUCACCAACUGAUAUAUUUUCAACAGAUAGUAUCCUUGAAUUUACAUGUCAAGCAACUGGUUAUCCAAAACCUAACAUUAUAUGGUAUGAUGCAAUGACUGGUAAACAAAUUAUUGAUGAAAUACCUAAUAGUGGAACAACUUCUGGUAUACAUGUUAAUCAACAUUAUGGUAAACUUUUAAUAUCUAGUCCUGAAAGAGGUAAAUUAUAUACAUUUUAUUGUAAUGCAUCUAAUUCAGUUGGUUGGACAAUAAGUCAACCACCAGUACGUGGUGGUUCAAUUUAUAUAAGUUCACAAUUUAAACAAAUACCAGUGGAUAAAACAGUUCAUGAAGGUGAUAAAGUUGUUAUGGAAUGUAUUCCUCCAAUAGGAUUACCUGAAGUCAAGGUUUACUGGUUAAAAAAUAAUCAUUUGAUAUCUGCACAAAAUGGAGUAAAACCUAAGAAUAAUAUCACUGUAAUCAAUGAAUUUAAGUCUAAUAUUGAAAUAUCAAUUGAUGGAAGUUUACAUAUAAAUCCUGUCACUAUUAAAGAUAGUGGAACAUAUACUUGUGUGGCAUCUAAUAUUGCCGGUGAACAAGUUUCUCCUUCAGCUUAUUUAAUGGUUAAAUCACGUACUCGAUUUCUGGAAACACCUGUAGAUAUUAGAGUUAAAAAAGGACGUGAUAUCAAGCUGAAAUGCAAAGUUGAAGGUAAUCAUGUUGUUAAAUGGAAAAGAGGACCUGGAGAAGAACCAAUAGAUCCACAUCGGGCUGAAUUGACUGAAAGUUAUCUUCUUAUUAGAAACGCUCAGAUUUCAGACUCUGGUACAUAUAUUUGUACUGCUGCUGGAGGUAUUGAAGCUGAUGCCACGGUUAUAGUUGAUACACCACCAGCAUUUUCUGUCACACCAGAUGAUCUGACAGUUAAUGAAGGAGAAACUGCAGUGUUUCAUUGUAUAGCUGCAGGGCAUCCAUUGCCAGCAAUUUAUUGGGAGCUUCCGGAUAAAACACCUAUUUUUCCCGGUGACCAAACAAUAAAUGAAUUUCAUAAUGGCAAACAUUAUUUAACUCCUGAAGGAAGUUUGGAAGUUAGAGAUGUCAAACAAAAAGAUUCUGGUAAAUACCAAUGCACAGCGCAUUCAUCCAUUGAUACAAUUCAUACAAGUGCAACAUUGCACGUCAUUAACCUGUCUAAGAAAAAGCUGGAUUCAUCGAAAGAUGUAUAUUCACUUCCUGAAAACGAACCAAGACAAUUUUCUCCAUCUAAUUUUCAUUGGCUAUCCCCUAUAAUAGGACUUCCACCUGCAAACCAAACACGAACUGUCGGUGAGAUAGUCACAUUGGAUUGCGAACUGGGAUUAACUAGAAGCCCACCUGGAUCCUUGGCAUCAACACUGCCCUACUCAGACUUAUCUGACUGGUCUAUUGGAUGGUAUAGGUCUACGAAGGAUGGUGUAAAGGAAAAUAUAGACAUCUCAAACCCUCCUUAUGAUCAGCGUUACAAUUUGCUUCCCCGAGGUAGCCUUCAGAUAUCAAAUUUACGAAUAGAAGAUUCUGGAAAUUAUACAUGCCUUGCAAAUGCAGUUAUCAAACCUUACAUAGAUGGAAAUUUGGUAUCAUUUACUUUGCAAUCUAACUGGACCUCUUACUUAGAUGUUGUACCUGAAGGAUCACCGGCAACGGAAUCUGUCAGCAACGAAAGUCCUCUUCCUCCGCCAGAAAACCUAAAAGCUACUAAUGUGACGUCAUCGACUGUCAUACUAGUUUGGGAUCUACCAUUUCCUCCACUUCUCUCACAAAAAUUUACACAAGGUAACCCAAUGAAUUCUCAUCAGAUUACCUAUUGGGUAGAGCUCUAUAGACCUGAUAGACCAACAGAUGGAUGGAUAGUGGUUGAAAAAAAUUGGCACGCUCAUACUGUACAGUUAGGUGGAUUACAACCAGAAACUAUAUAUUAUUUUUUAAUUAGACCUCGCUGGAAUGAGGGAAGAGUAGGUUGGGCUAGCGCUCCUCUGGGUCCAGUUUUAACUCUAACAGAACAAGUUUCAAGUCAUCAAGAGAGUCAAUUAUCGGACAGAGAAAUUUUAAAGUCCUUUAAAAAUAUUAACUUAAUACUUCAACAUUUGUAUCCACUUUCACCUAAAAGAGUUCGAGUUAGCUGGUCCAUUACAGAAGUUCUCCCUGUACUAUCAAUGAUAAAAGGUUAUUUUAUUUAUCACAGAGAAGUCCCUUUGAUGCAAUGCAUUUCUAAUAAACUGGAAGGUAUUUACUCAGAUACAACUGGACUAACAAUGAAGAAUGGGGAAAGAAUGUAUUGUAGCAUCAAAUCUACCAAUUCUAUUGAUUCACAUUCUCUAUUUCGUCUUGAAACAAUGCAAACUUUACAACAAAAUUUUAAAAAUAAACAAGAACAAGAAUUUAAUAACGGAACAUUAGACCCAUGGAUAGUCAUUGAUAUUAAAGCUCAAUAUCAAAAAGAUAAGAAAUAUAAUAAUAUUCAUAAUUCAUUAACAAUUCAAGAAACUAGUCUUUUACGUGAUCUUGAAGCAUUUCGAUGUUAUGAAAUUAAAGUUAAAGCCUAUUCAUCUAAUUCAUUUAUAGAAAAUAUUGAAAGUCAAGAAAGUAAUACACUUAAAGUUUUAACUUUCGAAAGUUUUCCAACUUCACCACCAGAUAGAAUAUUUGCUGUAUGGUUAUCUAAUACAACUAUAGAAUUAUCAUGGGAUCCACCACCUGUCAUUAAUUGGAAUGGUUUAUUAAUAGGUUAUAUUAUAUAUGUAUAUGAUGAAAAUGCAAAUAAUCAUCAAAAUUUUAAUUUAUCUUAUACUGAACAAAAAACAUUAAUUAAAGGAUUAAUUGAUAAAACAAUUUAUUUUAUUCAAAUAGCUGCAAUUACAUGUAAAGGUAUAGGUGUAAGAAGUGUACCUAUUCAAUUAAAACCUAAUUUACGUCAAAAAGGAUUAGGGGUUGGUUGGGGUUAUGAUCUAAAAACUGGUAAACUUUUACAAUUAAUCAAUAAUGAAAAAAAACAAAAAAAUAAUCAAGAAGAAUAUUUUUUAAAUCAACCAUGGUUUAUUAUAAUAAUUAUAUGUAGUUUAUUAAUAUGGUGUACUAUUAUUAUAUUAAUUAUAUUUUGUUGUCGAUAUCAACGUUAUCAAUUUAGAAAAACUUCUGAUAAUGUAUUAAUAACUAAUCAUUUACAAUGUAGUUCAAUUAUUGAUGGAUCUAAUAAUCCUUGUACAAGUAUAAAUAAUUCUAUAAAUGAAAAUAAAAUUUCUAAAAGUACACAUUUAUUACAAAAAGAUCAUAUACAAUUAGAACCAUUAUUAAGAUCAGAAACACCUAAUUUAGAUAAUGAUAAUUGUUUAGAUACUAUAGAUAAAGGUAAAUAUGGUGCAUGGCAAUUAUAUCCUUCAACAAAACAAAAUCAAACGAUACAUAAUGAAUAUAAUAAACCAGAAUUAAAUGAUACACAAUUUAAUUCAACUGUUUUACCAUUAACUCAUUCAUCACAUAUAUCAAAUGAAACAAAUAAUAUUAGUUUAUAUGCUACAACUGAAAAUAUAACAAAUACAAUAAUACAUAAUAAUCAAUGUAAUCCAACACAAACAAAUCAUUAUAUUCAUCAAAGAUCAAAUACAUUAAUUCAUUAUUCAAAUGAUUAUAAUUCACGUACAUCAUAUUUAAGUUAUCAAUCACAUAUUAUACCAAAAUCUCAAAUAAAUACUAAUCUUUCUUUGAAUGGAUAUAAUAAUAUAGAUCAAACAUAUAAUGGAAUAACACAAAUUGGUUUAACUAGUUUACCAUUAAUAGCACCAGUUGCGCCAAUUAAUAGUUUACAACAUAUAAAUGAAUCAAUACCAUCAUCAUCAUAUUCAAUACAUGAUUGUAAUGGAGAAAGAUCACAAUUAACUGUAGCACCUUAUGCAACUGUAUCACUUAUUCAUAAUACAAUAAAUACUAAUAAUAAUUGUAAUACAUCUACAUUUUAUACUUUAAACAAUGGAGUUUAUGAUGAUGAUGAUGAUCAUGAUGAUGAUGGUGAUGAUGAUAAUGAUCAUAUUGAUACACCUAGUGAAUUAACUUAUGAAUUUAAUGAAAGGUUAACUCCUUCUGUAACUACAAAUAAUAAAAUCAAUUUAAAUAUUGAUUAUAAAAAGUGUAAUUUACUUCAAACCCAAUUACAAACCAAUCAAUCAUCAUAUACAAAUUAUACAAAUACUUGUUGUCAAGCUAAUGAAAAUAUGAAUAAUGAAGAAAAUGGGAAUUUAUCACAGUUUACAUUACUAGGACAACAUGAUCUCAUUGAAUUAUCACAAAGACAAGAUAUAAGAAAUAAAUCUAAUUCUGCAACAUCUAGUAGUUUAACCAAUGAUGAUGAUAAAUCAUAUAAAUGGAAGAAAAUAACAAAUGAAUCUGAUAAUCAUUUAAUUACAACUAAUUCAAAUCAAUUACCUAUGAUUCAUUAUUUAAAACAAAAUAAUUCCAAGAUGAUUAUGACAACAACAACAACAACAACAACAACAGCAACGACGAUAACAACCUCUGUAGGAACAUCACAACAUCAUAAUUCAUUUCCAUUAAAAUCUGAAAAGAAUGAAGGUUAUUUAUAUUGUUAUGAUGAUAAACAAAUAAUACCACCUCCACCAAAAUCACCACCACCUCCAGCACCAAAAUAUAAUCAUGAUAUUUAUAAUAAUAGUAAUAUAAUGAAUUAUCAAUGUUCACCAAGAAAAACUGAUGAACAACAUGAAUUAACAAUAGAAUAUUCAUCUUCAUCUUCCAUAUCAUCUAUUACACAUACAACACAUUCAACAAUACCAAACAAUAAUGAAAUGAAACAAAUUCCACAAUUGAAUCCAUUAAUAAUAACAACACCUAGUAAUCAUAAAGAAACUGAACAUUUAUUUCAUACAAAUCAUCAUCAUAAUAAUAAUGUACAAUUAAACAAUCCUAAAUCAUCUAUAAAUGAACAAAAUAUAUACUACUCAAAUUAUUGUAGUAGUGAUGAUGAUAGAGAAAAUCAACAAAUGAAUGAUAAAAAUUUGGAAUAUAAUUUUACAAAAUAUACUAAUGAUAAUCAUUAUAAUAUUAUUACUACCACUACUACUACUAAUAAUAAUAAUAAUAAUCCUCGUCAUCAUCAUCAACAACAACCACCACUACCACCACCACCACCACAACAACAACAACAUCAAAAUCAAUCAUUGAAUACAUCAUUAUCCUUAGAUAAACAAUCAUUUAUACAAAGACCAAUAAUGUUAUUAAAUCAACAUGAAUUAACUAAUACAUCAUCAUCAACAUUUUGUAUAUCAUUAAGUCCAGAAGAGCAUUCUAGUUCAACAUAUGCUCAAGUGUAUUAAACUUAUAUAUCUAUAUCUAUAUAUAUAUAGUAAUAAUGUUAUUUGAGAAUUACAUGAUAUUUACAUUUUCCCUAUCUUUUUCACACAUACACACACAUACACACCGACAAACAAGGAUACAUACAUACAUACAUACAUAUAAACACAUCGACACAGGAUUACAAUUUCAUAAAUUAGUGAUGUAAUCAUCAUUCCAAUUUGAUUAUUAUUAUUAUUUUACUCUUCUAUGAAUUAAAAAUCUAUCUCUUAAUGAAUUAGUUGUCAGGUGUGUGUGUAUGUUAGUUUUUCUUUUUUUUCAAAUCUACCAUUUCAUUUAUCAUGUAACUUAUCUUUGUAUAAAUAUGAGUAAUUUUCAACCUUUUCAUUUGUUUACUAACUAUUGAUUGUUAUGUGUUUGUUUAUUUAUUUAUUUAUUGAUUUAUUGAUUUUUUAGCAUAGGAUAUUUUUCCGACCACCCACCCACCCCCCUCUAAAAUUCAGCUCAUAGUUACACAGUAUUCUUUUUUUUUUUUAGAAAAAAAAAAGAAAUUAAGGAUAUAAAUGAUGAUAGGAUUUUAUUCUAUAACUAUCAUAAUGUUAUUAUUUUAUUUUUCUUUUUAUCAUAUUUAUUUAUUAUUUCAUUAUAAAUACUUCUGUCUAGUAGUUUAUUACUAAGUGAUUGAAUUAGUUUUAAAUAGAUGUAAUACAUUGAAAUGAUUAUGUAAUCAACAUCAUCGCCAUCACCAUCACCAUCAUUAUCAUCAUCAUCAUCAUCAUCAUCCUAUAAUAAGAAUAACUUCUUUAUGGGCUAUAGUUUGUUUACAUCUUUCUUUUAAUCAAUUCUAUGUACAAAUUCGGCUUUAUUAACAAAUAAAAUCACAAGUAACAUAGGGAUAAUUAUGAAUUUCAAUAAAACAAUAACAUUUACAUACACACACACACAUUUAUUGUUUGUAUAUUUAUUUCUUGUUUGUUCUUUUUUAUAUUCCAAUCUAUUCUGAUGUGUAUAUGGUUCAAUAGAACAACUGUUUGUAUUAUUACAGUUUUCUAUUAUAAACCUUUAAUAAUAAGAAGACUAAGCAAUCUAAUGGCUCUUUGCAUAAAUUAAAUAGAAUAAUCUUAUUACUUUGUUUAUUAGUUUCUCUGUUUAACUUUCUUAGAUUUGUCUUUUGUGUUUAUUCUAAUGUUUUCUAUUACAAUUGCUUCUUUUAAUGAUGAGGAUGACGACGAUGAUGAUGACGAUAAUGAUGAUGAUGAUGAUGAUGAUGAUGAUGAUGAU